AUGGAGAAAGUGGGAUUUAUGCUUUUCUUGGCUAUGACAAUGUGUUGGGCCACAUUAGCUGAUAGUGUAUCAAGAACAUCAGUGAACAGAGAGGCUUCAGAGGACGAUGAUGAUAUUGAUAGGAGACUCAGGCUUCUUAAUAAGCCUGCAGUGAAGAACAUUCAGAGUGCAGAUGGAGAUAUCAUCGACUGUGUUGACAUGCACAAACAACCAGCCUUUGACCAUCCCACAUUGAAGAACCAUGUCAUUCAGACGAAACCCAGCAUUAAAUUGCCUUCAGAAGACAGAGCAACAAAAAAGGAGUCCUCAACACCAAUAAUAUCUCAGACUUGGCAAAAGAGUGGAAGUUGUCCCGAGGGAACUAUUCCCAUCCGACGAAUCCGGCGGCAAGACUUGUUGAGAGCUUCUAGUCCCAACCAAUUUGGGAAAAUGUAUCAUCCUCAUUCACAGGACCACGUGGCUAAUUCAACCCUCGAUGAAAUUGGUCGAAAAGUGGUCAUAAAUGGAACCAAAGUCUCUCUUCCUUAUACAAAAGAUCGUGAUCAAGCAAUCCUUUUGACAGUAGGAUACAACUACAUAGGAGCUUCGGGUGAUAUAAAUUUAUGGAAUCCGAGUGUUGAUUUGCCAGAUGACUUCACUACGGCCCAGAUAUGGCUUCUCGGCGGCCCCGGCGAUAAGUACGAAAGCGUUGAAGCAGGAUGGAUGGUGAACCCAAAGUUAUAUGGAGAUAAGCAAACUCGGCUUUUCACACAUUGGACCGUUGAUGCAAGCGUUUCCACAGGCUGCUUCGAUUUGACAUGUUCUGGGUUCGUUCAAACUAGUUCCGAGGUGGCCCUCGGCUCUGCUCUGGGUCCGAUAUCUUCUGAAGCGGCACAAUAUCAGAUAUCAGUCGGCCUCUUCCUGGAUCCGAAUACUUCCAACUGGUGGCUACGCCUCACGAACAACCUGGUCCUCGGGUAUUUCCCGGCAUCCCUUUUCUCCUACUUGAAGCGCAGCGCCAUAAUGGUCAAUUGGGGAGGUCAAGUGUACAGCACGAUGGUGAAGAAGACUCCUCACACCAGAACUGCCAUGGGAAGCGGGGCGUACUCAGAGGCACUCCAUGGCCGUGCCUGCUACAUCAACCAUGUUAGGAUCAUGGACUUCUCACUUUCACUCAAGUACCCUGAAUGGGUCGGGGUUUAUAACGAUCAAGUGUAUUGCUACAAUGGACAGAACCAUAGAGAUGGGUAUAUUGGCGAGCCUGUGUUCUACUUCGGCGGGCCGGGCCAAAAUCAUUUCUGCCCAUGA